GGGACGGGUCUAUAAACAGGUGCUGUGUUCCCAACGCUCGUGACCAUGCUCUGAUCUAAAAAACACAACUGCGGUGCAACGAAGCAAUACUUGAGGAAAACUACGUAGGAGCUGAUCCAAAUCACCUGCUCGAAUUGAGUUUUUGGUCUAGGCCGUAUUCUCUUGUGAAGGCAUCAGCACGAAGUACUCGUGAGGUCAAAAAUCAAAGAAAAACUCCACAAGUCCAUCGCAUCCGAAGAAACGAUCAAUAUGUCGCCCGGCGUCAGCCUCGUCACUAAUCAAAAUAACCUUUCAGAUGGCAAACCCUUCACGAGCCAAGUUCUCAUCGAUUUGGAGCAUCAGUAUGGGGCCCACAACUAUCAUCCCCUUCCGGUUGUCUUCGAUCGAGCUGAAGGAUGUAAAGUAUGGGAUCCAGAAGGGAAACAAUACAUCGAUUGUCUCUCAGCUUAUUCAGCCGUCAACCAAGGCCACUGUCAUCCAAAGAUCUUGAAAGCGUUGAUCGAUCAAUCGAGUCGGCUAACACUCUCCUCAAGAGCCUUUCACAAUUCUGCGCUAGGACCAUAUCUCGCCAAACUUUGCUCCACAUUUGGUUAUCAGAGAGCUUUACCUAUGAACACAGGGGUCGAAGCCGUCGAGACUGCACUCAAGCUAGCCCGAAAGUGGGCUUACACCAAAAAGGGGGUACCGGACGGCCAAGCAAUAAUCAUAAGUGUUGAGGGCAAUUUUCAUGGGCGAACCUUGGGUGUGAUUGGAAUGAGCACUGAUCCAGAUUCUCGAAAUUCAUUCGGGCCAUUCUUACGAGGUAUUGGCUCAAGCUGCCCAGUUAGUGCCCCGGAAAAUGAUGAACAAAGAUUAUUGAGAUACAAUAACUUCAAUGAUAUUGAGCGAGCCCUAGAAGCGCACGGAAAGAAUACAGCCGCGGUGUUACUCGAGCCUAUCCAAGGUGAAGCUGGGGUGGUCGUCCCAGACGAUGACUAUAUCCCGAAAGUCAAAGCGUUAUGUGCACUACACAAUGUUUUAUUGAUAUUAGAUGAAGUACAGACUGGACUUGGUCGAACGGGAAAACUGCUGUGCCAGCAGCAUUCAAAUGUUCGAGCAGAUAUUACAACUUUAGGCAAAGCUUUAUCCGGUGGAUUUUAUCCAGUCUCAGCGGUGUUAGCGGAUGAGCAUAUUAUGGAAGUCAUUAAGCCCGGAGAACAUGGCUCUACGUUCGGUGGGAAUCCCUUAGGGUGUGCAGUGGCAGUUGCGGCAUUGAAUGUCUUGAUCGAAGAAAAUCUGUCCGAGAGAGCAGAAGAAAUGGGAAAACUGAUGAGAAGUGGCUUACAGGAAUUGAAAUCAAUUCGACCAUCAGAAAAUAGUCCAACGGGAUAUAUUCAAAUCGUCCGAGGGAAAGGUUUAUUAAACGCAAUUGUCAUUGAUCCGAGUUUAUCUCCUAAGAAAAGGGGAGCUGGGAGCUUUGUUUGUUAAUGAAAUCACGAGGUGUUCUGGCCAAGCCAACACAUUCAAAUAUCAUCAGGUUGGCACCACCCUUGAUAAUCGGACCAGAGGAAGUCAAAGAGGUUGUGAAGGUUAUCGGCGAAUGCUUAAAGGAUUUGGAUCAAGUUGAUCAAAUAGUCGAAUAGAAGCAGAUGACCAAUGUUUUUAGACGGUUUGAGUACCUUGUGCACGUCCAAGAUAAAAUUACACCUCGCUCACAGUACUUAAAUCUGUGCUUCACAUUUUGUAAACAUGGAUAUCUACUGUUGUACCAUAUGUAUCAGCUUUUCCUUUCUUAUAUUUGUCAAAGGACUGGAACUCUCCCCUUCAUCCAUGCUGUAGUUAAAUGUUGUAUUUCAAAAUUUCAUCAUCUCAGUGUGUCUUUCCAAUUCAUGCU